ACUCAGCCUGAAUCGCAGAUACGGGAGAAUCAAGGAUAAGUGGUUAAUCCUUGACUUACUGUAAUCCUGUCAGAAAGCCAAGGAAAGAAUAUCUACUUUGAGUUUGAACAGAUUAUGGAUGAUGUCAAAGAGUGGACGCUGCAUGACAACCUCACACGGGUUUGGGGAAUCAUAGCCAGGGAUCCAAUACUGCGAGGCCAUCCGGUAAUGGCACACUUGCUCCAAGAGCCAGAUUUCUUCCUAAUGCUUCAUCCGAUCUUGUGUGGUAUCUUAAAGUACAAUCUCUAUUUGCAGCUUCACGGCACUGGGGUUCAUUAUAAUGCAGGGAAGCAUCUACAUGUUAGCACACGUGUAUUCUAUCCUAAGUAUCUCUUCUUUAAUGGCUUACCAAAGACCCUCGAAUACGCCAAGAAGAAACUGAUGAUAGCAAUUGGCGCUUCAGCUAUCAAUUUCGCAAAGAACCGACGACCAGCUCGAGUCAGUGAUCUUAUUGGACUGGAGUGGAGGUCCAAUUCCAGCUUGCUAUUGCGCAUCAUGUCCGAGAUUUUGAUGCUUGUGCAUUGCGGGCGUCACAAGGGCAAUUUACUGGGAUACGAGCGCUGCGAACACUCUGGGUCAACAGAGUGUCUUUCGAUAGCAAGAGAGUGGCUAUAUACUUGCGCAACCGAGCACCAUAGACACCAGUGCUCUAGACCACUUGCAAAUGAGCAUGAGCUGCCUACUCGUGUCAUCGCGGUUGGACCAUUGGACGGCUCUCGAGAUCCUUUUCCCAUGGACCCUCCGACAGGCUCUCGAGGUGAAUGGGCUGCGCUUUCAUAUUGCUGUGGGCCUCCCGACGAGCACCGAACUAUGUUACGAGUGGACAACAUAUCCAAGUAUAGGCAAUCCAUCCCGAUGCAUACAAUCCCAGCAACGAUUCGAGAUGCCAUCACUGUUACCAGAAACCUAGGCUUGUUGUAUCUCUGGGUAUAUUCAUUCAGCAUCUAUUCCUAUCGACCCGCGCUCAACAACCUCGGACUCUUGAGGUUUGCACCUCACCUUUCUGAGGGGUUGGAUCUUACGCAUCUGGCUAGUCAGGUUAGGCAAUGCAUUUUCUAGGUUUUCAAAUGCGAAGUUUAUUACUACGCUUUCUGUUUUCGCGUCGCCUUUCCCUUCAUCUUGAUUUGACUGCGUAACCUUGCGCUUCACUGAUAAGGGGGCGGCACCGCUAAAAAGUAUGACUCAUGUCUCUUUGCUAAGGCGAGUGCCCCCAUUGCGCGUGCUUGG